AUGAGCUACACUAACUAUGAGUGCAAUAUCGUCGAGGGCCAUGGUCUUGAGCUGGUGAACUGGCCUCUUUCAGGUCCAGUGCGUAAUCCAAGUAAAGUAGGUGGCAGGAACGAGGUUGAAAAUUUAUGGGUAGCACUAGAAAAGGGGACAUGCCAC